AUGUACAUCGCAUCGCCAUCACAACCGCCAUCGGGGCUGUUGGCAUCUUGGCCGCCAUUUCCGGGCGGUGGCGCGUUCGAGAACAACGGGACGACUGGCGAGCCGGGCGUGGAGCUGCCAAACAACUGGUCGUCGCUCAUCGGAAUCGUGACGGCGAUCAUCGGCAACGUGCUAAUUGCACUCGCACUCAACGUGCAGCGGUAUGCGCACAUCCAGCUGGAACGGCAGCGACAGGAGAGCCGCGAGCGGACCCGACGAGCGUCCAAGGACAGAAGGAACGGAGAUGGCCGAGGUGGUGGGCGAAACGGGCGAAACGAGCGAAACGAGCGAAACGGAAUGAACGGAAUGAACGGAAUGAACAGAACGACCGACACGACCGACACGACCGACACGACCGACACGACCGACACGACCGACACGACCGACACGACCGACACGACCGACACGACGGGAAGGAGCUACGGUGCAGUGGGCGGCUGGUUGCCGUCACCGAGACAGAAUGGAAGCGAGGUUGAGGCGAGCCGAGAAGACGUGGCAGCGAUGGACGGCGACGAGUCGCAGCCGCUGGUAGCCAGUUUUCACAGCGACGACUCGCGCUGGACGGCCGGGUCAGAGGCAGGGUCAUCGUCUGGGGCGUCGACAUCAUACCUCCGGUCGCCGUCCUGGUGGCUUGGCCAGGUGCUGAUCACCGUGGGUGAGUCGGGCAACUUUCUGGCGUAUGGAUUUGCGCCGGCAUCGAUCGUGUCGCCGCUCGGAGUGGUGGCGCUCAUCUCCAACUGCGUGAUUGCACCGAUCCUGUUCAAAGAGCGGUUCCGGCUGCGCGACUUCUGGGGCGUGGUCGUGGCCGUUGGCGGGGCGGUGACAGUGGUACUGAGCGCCAAGCAGGAGGAGACCAAGCUGGCGCCACACGAUGUCUGGGACGCGAUCACGACGCCGGCCUUUGAGAUCUAUGUGGCCGUGACGUGCAGCCUGAUCGCGCUGUUGAUGUGGGCCAGCCCGCGUUACGGCAACCGCACGAUCCUGAUCGAUCUGGGCCUGGUCGGGCUCUUUGGCGCCUACACCGUGCUGGCGACCAAGGGCGUGUCGUCCAUGCUGUCGUCCACGUUGUUUGGCGCCUUCAUGACGCCCAUGACGUACACGCUGAUCGUCAUCCUGCUCGGCACUGCCGUCAUGCAGGUGCGAUACGUCAACAAGGCGCUGCAGCGCUUCGACUCGACCCAGGUGAUCCCCAUCCAGUUCGUCAUGUUCACCCUGUCCGUCAUUAUCGGCAGCGCCGUGCUGUACCGCGACUUUGAGCGCACCACGGCCGAGCAGGCGGCCAAGUUUGUCGGCGGCUGUCUGCUGACUUUUUUCGGCGUCUUCAUCAUCACGAGCGGCCGGCCGCCAGCGAACAGCGACGACGACGACGACGACGAAGACGGCAGCGAGGCUGAGAUCGAGUCCGACAUGCUCGCUGCCGAGUCACAACCACACAGUGCCGACGGCUCGCGCGCUCAGACUCCGGGGUCGAUCCUCAGCCCAAGAGGCUCUCGGCGAUCGUCGCGGGCAUCGCGCGUCAGUUUCUCCGGCAUCCACGGCCGGCCGUUUGCCCUGUUGCCGUCGGAUACCGGCGUUCCCUCUGCCCGCAUGCCACAGCGUUUCCCGGUCCCGUCGACGUCCGACAGCGAGGGCGAAGAGGUGCUGCCACUGCUGGAAAACCCGUGGCGCAACUCGGAUUUGUCAACAGCAGUGGCAGCAUCAGACGAUGAGGAUGCACACUUGGUCCGACCAGUUCUCGGAGCGCCAGCAAUCAGCGCCGAUUCUGUGCUGCAUGCCAUCAAUAACAACACGCUGUCUUGGCUGUCGCGAGAGGACCGGGGCGGCUCGAUGUCGGGGGCAGCCACGAUUGCCGGGACGGGAAUGGACGGUGGCAUCGGACCAUCGACAGCACCACCGCUGGCCGAUCGGCCAGUGACGCCGGCAACAUCACUGCGGCCGUACACGUCGCACUUCCAGAGCCCGAUGAUUUCGCCGUCGCCGCUGCUGUCGUCGACCGUUAGCACGGUGAUGGCCGACACGAUUCUAAAACACAUGGACGGUGCAAAUCCACAUCCACACGCAUCACGACGGCUGUCCAACCGACGACAGCGACAGGGCCUGCGGUCCAGCCUGUUUGUGCCGCAGGACGAGCUGGAUGCCGACGCCGAGUGGCUGAUGCAGCCGUUCUGGGGACAGCAUCAGAGCCAGCAUCCACUGCCACUCCAGCUUCAGGAGGAGCCGGCCGAAGCAUCCACGCUGGCCGAGGCUGAGCCGGUGGCGACUGCAGUAAAUAAGGAGCACGGCCGCGAGCGGACGCGUAGUCUCAGCAACACGUUCGGCGGUCUGUUCUGGACCCGACGCAAGCGGCGGAACACGAGUCCCGAGACGGCUAGUCCCAGUCCGGGUCUCGUUCCGGGUCUCAGUCCUGCCAACGAGAACGUCAACGCCCGCAGUGACGUCCUCGGCGAGCAGGACUACACGGCCAACGACGAUCUCCCGCCAGCAGCGAACCCAGCUUGA